AUGAGCUUCUAGCUAAUGGCUGAAUGUUGGCUAAUCUUACUUAUAUUACAGGAUGAAAAAUAUUGGCCUCUGAUGCCUCCUUUGCCUUCCUAUGGGUAUGGAAGAGAGCACAUUGGACCUCGUUAUGGGAGUUUGAUUCAUGGUCAAAAUCUCAGAGAUGUUGUAAUAACAGGGCAUAAUGGUACGAUUAACGGACAGGGGCAAACAUGGUGGAAGAAAUAUCGGCAGAAGCUUCUUAACCACACUAGGGGCCCCCUAGUUCAGAUCAUGUGGUCAAGGGAUAUUGUGAUUAGCAAUAUAACUUUGCGUGACUCUCCGUUUUGGACGCUUCAUCCAUACGACUGUAAGAACGUUACUAUACGGAAUGUAACGAUCUUGGCCCCUGUACACGAUGCACCAAAUACGGAUGGAAUCGAUCCCGAUUCAUGUGAAGAUAUGCUGAUCGAGGAUUGUUAUAUAAGCGUGGGAGACGACGGUAUUGCGAUUAAGAGUGGUUGGGAUCAAUAUGGCAUUGCUUACAGGCAGCCCUCGAAAAACAUACGGAUUCGAAACGUUGUUCUUCAAUCUAUGGUUAGCGCGGGUAUAUCGAUUGGGAGCGAGAUGUCAGGUGGUGUAUCGGGCGUCACGGUAGAGAACGUCGUGGUGUGGAACUCCAGGCGUGGUGUUCGAAUCAAAACUGCUCCAGGAAGAGGAGGAUACGUGCAAGACAUUAGUUAUCAUAAUCUGACCCUCGACGUCGUUCGUGUUGGGAUUGUCAUAAAGACAGACUACAAUGAACACCCAGACGAAGGAUACGAUCCAAAAGCAGUUCCAGUGCUGAAGGACAUAAGCUUCACAAGCAUCCAUGGACAGGGAGUUCGAGUACCCGUCCGAAUGCACGGUAGCGAAGAAAUUCCAGUGAGAAACGUGACGUUCAGGGAUAUGUCAGUCGGGAUAACAUACAAGAAGAAACAUAUAUUCCAAUGUGCAUUUGUUUACGGACGAGUUAUAGGAACCAUCUUCCCAGCUCCUUGUGACAAUCUCGACCGAUACGACGAGCAAGAACGACUAGUUAAACGCUCUGCUGCCCAGAAUGCAACCGACAUCGAUUACGACUUUUGAAUAGGUAGAUCAUUUGAUGAAAUCACUGAACACUGCUGCUUUUUUACUCCUGUUUCUACCAGUUAAACACCUCUCUACAAUGUCUAUUUUUAUGGCUUUGAUUACAAUUUUGUUUGCUGGAGUUUGUACAUAAACAAAAACAAAAACCCUUUUAUUAGAGAGAGCAAACGAGAAAGGUUUGAAUUUC